UCCGAUUUGAAGACAUUCAACAAGCUAAAACAGCUUCAUCAUGGUGUUUAGAGUAGCAGUGAUCGGAGCGGGCCCCUCAGGUCUGACCAGCAUCAAGGCGUGUCUAGAUGAGGGCUUGGAGCCAACCUGCUUUGAAAGCAGUGAUGAUAUGGGUGGUCUGUGGAAGUUCAAGGCAAUCUCAGAGCCCAACAGGGCCAGUAUCUAUCAUUCCCUCACCAUCAAUUCCUCCAAAGAGAUGAUGUGCUACAGCGACUUCCCCAUCCCAGCUGAUUAUCCCAACUACAUGCACCACUCUAAAAUCCUGAAAUACUUCAGGAUGUAUGCAGAGCACUUCAAACUACUUGAACACAUUUGCUUCCAGACCUCAGUGAAGAAAGUCACACAGAGGCCAGAUUUCUCUCGCACUGGCCAGUGGGAGGUGGUCACGGAGAAUAAAGACGGACUAGAGGAGAGACACAUCUUUGAAGCAGUUAUCUGCUGCACGGGUCACUACACCUAUCCUAACCUGCCACUCAAAGACUUCCCAGGAAUUGAGACAUUUGAAGGAAACUACUUCCACAGUUGGGACUACAAAGGAACAGAGAACAUGUAUGGUAAGAGGGUGGUGGUCAUCGGCAUCGGUAACUCAGGAAGUGACAUCGCUGUAGAAAGCAGCAAAGUGGCAGAGCAGGUGUAUAUGAGCACUCGUCGUGGUGCCUGGGUCAUCCGCCAGAUUUCUGAUAAUGGCCUACCUGUGGACAUGAAGUACACCACAAGAUUUGUUCACAUCCUGUUUCAGCUGCUGCCAGUCAACAUCCUAAACUGGAUAAGCGAGAAAAAAAUCAACUCCAUGUAUGAUCACACCAUGUACGCUCUUAAACCCAAACACAGGUUCUUCAGUCAGAACCCAGUGGUCAAUGGUGACCUACCCCUGAAGAUUUUGUCAGGAUCCGUCAUCAUCAAACCAAAUGUGAAAGAAAUCCGUGGCUCCACGGUGGUGUUUGAGGAUGGCAGCAUUGCUGAAAAGGUGGAUACAAUCGUGUUUGCCACAGGGUACAACUAUGACUUCCCCUAUUUGCCAAACAAUGUCAUGUACAAGUCAGGGCAUCGUGUUGGUCUGUAUAAGCAUGUUUUCCCUCCAAAUUUGGAGCAUCCAACUCUGGCUCUUGUGGGUUUCAUUCAUUCUGGGGGUUCCAUCAUGCCUCAGGCUGAAAUGCAGGUUCGCUGGGUGGCACGUGUCUUCAAAGGACUCAAGCAGCUGCCUUCAAACCAGUCCAUGAUCAAGGCUGUUGAAAAGGACACCAAAGACAUUGAGAAAAACUACGUCGUGUCCAAGUCGACACCUCUGCAGGUGGACUUUGUUUCCUAUAUGGACGACAUAGCUGGAGAAAUUGGCGUUCGGCCCAGUCUCCUCUGGCUCCUCUUCACAGACUACCUACUGUUCAAGAGGGUGUUAUGGGGACCUGUCACUGCUUACCAGUACCGGUUAACAGGACCAGGCAAAUGGGAGGGGGCCAGGGAGGCAAUCAUCACCCAGUUUGACAGAGUGUACCAGCCCCUUAAGACCAGAAAGGUACCUGAGAAGGAACCAUCCCUGUCUGGCCUAUUGAUGAAGCUGAGCCUGGCAGUCCUGGCUGUAGGAGGAGCUGUGUACUAUGCAAUCCAGAUGCUUUAUCCAACUUUCACCCACAGACAGUCAAAUUAGGCAUUAUUGUUCAACUGAUGAGAGAGAAACCCAGAUGUAUUGUGCUAACAUGCACAUUUUUUGCUAAAAAAAAUUAAUUCAUGUUUGUUUUGUGAUGCUGAUUAUUAAGAUUACGUAAGCAUCUGAACUAUGAGCACCUAAUAGGAAAAUCAUUGUAUCUUCAUUUUUACUUUAAGUCCUUGAAUUGCAAUAAAUAUUUCACUAAAUAAACUUCAGACUAAGUAUACGAGCUUCGGUUUUCUUGAACACAACAAACUUCAUGUUGGUUGUUGCUGUAAUAUAUUUACAAAUUGUCUUCAAAUGAGACUUUUUUUCUCUUGACAAAAUCCUAUAUCUUUACCAGCUGAUAGUGUGUGAAAUCACAUUGACUUAGAAUUUAGAAUAAUGCUGUCAAAACAAAAGAGAACAUAGAAAGUAAAUGUAAUUUAGUUUUAGAUGU